AUGUCCGACAAGAAGCUCAGGUUCAUUGUCAUCAACAAGCAAGCUGACUCUCUGUAUUCACUGAUCGCUGACGGAAAAUAUCGCAAUACAUCCCUGGGUCGUGAAACGUGGAAGAAAUUACUUGGUGAUCAUGCCUCUUUACAGCUCAAUUGUAAUAUGGAAGGGUUCAACGCAGUAUGUCAUGAUCGCAAAGAAUCCGCAAGGAUUGGCAUCGUGACAAAUAACGAAGAUGAAUGCUAUUCGUGUGAUUCCAGGCUCGGGUUUGGUACAAAAGGAAAAAUUGAUAACACCUGUGGAAACGUGGCUAAGCACGAGGUGGAUAAUGGAGACAAAGACAUCAAAGCCAUGGGUUACGUACUGGUUCAGUGA